AUGGAUAACACCGCAGAAGAAAAGGAGCGUUGCAGUAAUGAUGAAAUUAAGCAAAUGUUCCGAAAUAAAUUGGAGAUCGUUCUCAAAAUUGACGAUACCAACGUAUAUGACAAUAAGGAAAGUGAUGUAUCAAAUGCUACCACAGUUCAUGAUCCUGCGAGUGUAUCCAACCAACUGAAAAAUAUUUCACAGUAUACGUUAGAUAACGUGGAUUCUUCCAACAAAGAACGGGGAACAGAUGGGGGAACGGACAACCUACAAUCCUAUAGAGGUUCAAGACUUGGUGAUAAAGAGCACGAUGACAGUAACCUUGAAAAAGAUGAAAUAGCAGGAAACAAAACAGAUUACCAAAAAUGGUGCAUUUUGUUUGGAGGAUUUUUUAGCUUUGUAUUGGUAGCUGGGUUUCCGUUCAAUAUGUCUGUGCUGUAUGUAGAAUGGUUACAAGAAUUUGGAAAAUCAAAUUCAGAAACAGCAUUAGUGCAGUCUGUGUGUACAGGAAUGUUCAUGACUGGAGGCUUUUUCUCUGGUACACUUGUAACAAAAUAUGGUCCUCGAAAGUGUGGAAUAAUUGGAGGAUUUUUGUCGGCACUUGGUAUCGGAUUGGCGUUCAUUGCUUCCAGCAUAGUCUAUCUUGUUCUAUUCAUUGGAUUGAUCACUGGUUCCGGUUUCUCGCUGUGUUAUAUAAGUGCGUCUACAGUUGUUGGAAUGCAUUUCAAAGGAAAACAAAAAAUACUGGCACUGGCAUUUGUUUCCUUUGGUUCAGGUAUUGGUGGAUCCCUCUUCCCCGUUAUUCUCGAAAUUCUCAUCUCGAGAUUUGGAUGGCGAGGAUCUCUGCUCAUUAUUGCUGGACUCAUGCUACAUCUCGUUGCCAUGGGGAUAAGUUAUACUGUUCCUCUGAAGUAUAAUCGUAGUAGAAGAAAUAGUAUUGCACGAAGAUCCAACAUCAUUAAUGAAGGUAACAGUGUCACGUUACCACGAUAUGACGUAACAAGUAAAGAAAGCCAAACUUAUAACCAGAAAGGGCCAGGUAUGAAAAGCGAUCAAACUAAUUCGAAUAUCAAAAUAUUAGGCUCAGACGAAAACAAACCGAAUCAAACUGCUGUCAGUUCUUCGGACCAAAGACGUAGAUCUCUGUACGAAUUUUCCAAACUUAGACGUAGAUCACUAUACGAAGUUGAGGAAGACGAUGACUUAAACCAAACUUUUGCGUCCAUCUUUAAAGACAUUAUAACGAACAAACUUUUUAUGGGAUACGCAUUUUCAAUAGCGAUAAGUUUAGCUUCGAUUAACGCUACGCUAAUUUUCUUCAUUGAUUAUUUUGAAUCCAAAGGAAUUCGAAGACAAGAUGCGUUGAAAAUUUAUCUUCUUAUGAAUCUAACAAAUUCUUUUUUCCGUCUAUUUCCUGGACUUUUAAAACAAGCACCUCAUAUAAGUGUUUUAUCCAUUCCAUCGGCAUGUACACUCAUAUCAUCUAUUUCUUUAUUAUUAUUUACUUUUGUCGGAUCUUCAAUUGUUCUAAAUACUAUGGUAGCCUGUAUGUUUGGGAUUGGGAUGGGUGGUAUGGUGACAGUCAUGGCAGUGUCUAUAGUGAAGCUGAUUGGUCAAACUAAUUAUUCUGCUGGGCUUGGAGUAUCAAUGACGAUUGUAGGAAUAUUUAAUACAGCUGCCGGACCACUCUCAGGAUACCUUCGUGAUAUAUCAGGAAAUUACAACACAUCGUUUUUUUGUUUGUCAGUCGUCUUAUUUAUAGCAUCAGUAUCGUUUUUCGUAACCAUGGUUUGCAGAUACUACCAUAUACAUGACAGAGGUUCUAGAUUUGACUUUGAAUUUAUCAUAACAAAAAAAUCAAGAAGAACAAGCCUAGUUCCAUGGAGACGGAAGUCUGUCACUAUAUCCAGUGUUCAUUUGUGACUAACUGAAAGAAAUAAAAAUUGAAGUAAACGAUGGCAACUUUAAUAAGACUUCUCAAUACAAAAACAAUUGACAACCAAAAGUCUGGAGCAGUUUUGAGUUUCGAGUUUUACUUUUAUAUUUACCAACCAUGUAUAUGUUUUGUGUUGAUUUAUAAAGAUUAGAUAAAAUGAAAAUAAAACUAUUUCCAACGAACUUUCAUAA